AAAUUGCAACACAAGGUAGUUCAGGCAACACCCUAUACUCAACAAGAUACCUCCCUGCCCAGGCAUCUACAUUUAUUCGCCUGCGCGGACCACCAGAACGAAAUUUGGCUGACGAGCGAGACGAAUCGAAGGGUCGCUCGCCAGCAUCGCUUUACUCUACUUCCCUCUGCUUCUCUUGGCUUUCCAUGUAUGUUUUACUCCCUUAAAACACUAUUGUUUUACUAUGUUGAUUACUAAAUCCUACAAACAGAACAAGCAUUAUCCUACAAAAGUGAUAAACCAGUAUCCGUCGAAAAGCCAGUCUAGCCGCAACGGGUGGCCUGAUGGAGCCCCGCGGAAAAGCUCCUUGCCCGGUCAACCGCCAGCGGCAGCAGCAACACCUCCACGUUCACAUUGCGGACGAUGUGCUCCGCAAACUUGAUGUCAAGGCUCAGGACCUCUUCUUUGACAAGCUUCGGAGCCUGGGUUGUCUAGGUGCGGCCCGCGGUGCUUGUCGCGGCCUGCGGGACGUGGUCGAUGGCAGUCUGCGCGAAACGCUCCUGACCGUCGGGCCUUCGAAGGAGAUAAGGGAGAAGAAGAAGAACGAUGCGGUAACUGCUGCGGCAGCUCCCUUCAGCGCGCUCAGCAAGCUCAUGUUGAUCCGCUGGCCCCGCUGCAAGGUGGACCUCAACUGGGUCCUGCGCGACACAGACACAGACCAGGCCAAUUAUUAUAACACACACACAGGCACAGACACAGACUCGGCAGGCGAAGAAGAAGGCCUUUCUGCCCGCGAACAGGUUGCCUCCCUGGCGCUCGAGGUAUCGGUACGACAACGCAUCAGCCGCCUCACAUUCAGCCAGCAGGUGGCGGCUGGAGUCAGGGGCAUCGCCGACCUGGGUGACAACAACGUCGCGUUGCCUGAAGAAGUGCCUGCGGUCGUGGGGGCGCUUGUACCGCAACUGCCUGCUCUACGGGAACUGGAUCUCAGUGGGUUGCCCGAAUCGUACGAUUACACUCGGCUGUACGGCACCCUAGCAGGCUGUGCUCCGCCCCAACUGGAGCGGUUGGUGCUGCCGGGCCUGCGUGCGCUCGCGGGUUUGGAGGCGCUUGGCAGGGCAGCCGCGGCAUCGGCUGGGGAUGACAAGGGUAGCAGCAGCAGCAGCAGCAGUGGGGUGGGUAGUGGCUGCGGUGGCCGCGGCGGUGGCAGCAACGAGGGUUGCGGUCUGGCAUGCCUGGUGGUGCGGGAGGUUGUGUAUCAGCACAGGGAAGGAGUGUCGGGAACGCAGGCGGCUGUUCUGGGGGAGGCGCAGCUAGCGGGGGCGGUUGCCAGGGCCAUCUGCUCCCUGUCACACUUGCGGACGCUGCGGGAGCUCCACCUGGAGGGCUGCAGGCUGCAGUACGGCGGCCAUGCAGCAGGACCCGCCGGGCAGGCCGGCAACAUGGACGGCCCUUCCUUCUGCGCCCUGAAGGUCCUGGUCCCCAACCUGCCCCCUUCCCUGCAGCUGCUGAGGCUGCGGGAGUGCUGGGUGCGAUGGUCGAGACGGUCGCCUUGCUCGCUAGUGGACGCCUGCGUGCGUUACGGCACCAGCAACGCCAGCGGCUGUGUUACCAGCGUUGAAGUAGCGGGGUUGCAAGCCAAGUCGCUGGGGUUGCUGGGGAAGUCGUGCGGGGAUCGGUUCGGCCUGCUGCCGUGUCUCCUGCUGGAACGUCAAGAACAGCAGCAGCAGCGGUUGCAGUUGCGAAGGGAGCUGCCGCUGCUGACUGUGAAUACGGAGGAGUUGCACAUCGGUCAAGGCUGUGCGUCGCGCCUUCGAGGGAUCCAGCAGUGCUUUGCGCGGGUGCGACCCAUGGGUCAUAGCUGGUAUGUGGACGCGGGCGCCUCAUAUGAGGAUGUGGCUAUGGCGGUGGAGGUGUGCGGGGGGCCGCCGGAAUGGCUGCGCCUGCGGCUGUGGCCAUUCGGGAAUGACCUUGGCCUUCGCGUGGCAAGGGAGGGGAGCAAGCAGCAGGGUCGGCAGCAGGAGGAGGAGCGGCAGGAGCAGCUGCGGCGGCAACGGCAUCGCCAGCAGCGAUCCGUAGCUUCUGGAACAGCAGCCGUAUGGUUGGCAAGAGCUCUUUUGGGUGAAGGUAGAAGGUGGCAGCAGCAGCAGCAAGCGGAUGAUGCGGCAGAGGAGGAGGGGCAGCAGGAGGAGGCGCCGACAGUACGGCAGCUAGCGGAGCUCGCCCUAGCGCGCUUGACGGGCCCUGCGGUGGAGAGGGCCUUACUGAGGGGCGAUGCGGUCUCGGCCUGGCAGGAUGCAUGUAGUUCAAGAGGUGUGGGACGCAGCUGCCUCACAGGCUGCCUCCGCAGCUGCCUCCGCAGCAGCCGCAGCAGGAACAAGACCCGGAACAGGAGGAGGAGGCGGCUGCAGCGGACAGCAGCAGCAGCAGGGGGCGGGG